UACAUCAUCCCUUAUCAUUGGAUACAUGGGAUGCCCAUCACCGUUUUCACUGUGGGUAGAAAAAGUAACCGAUUGAGCACGCUUCUAAUUAAGUUCCAUAACCUGAAUACAUUGUUGCCAACAGACAAAUAUUCUUCAGAAACAAGUGUGUUCGUGUCAAGAAGAGUAAGAAGAUGAAACAUUCUUGAAAGUAAACCAGCCCCUUAAUAAGCACAAGACACAGCUGACAGACAUGUCAGUCAUGGAGACCGAUGCACCUUAUAAGUGUUACAGUGAUGACAGGACAGCAUGUGUGGUAUCAGUAAAAGGCUUAAAGGAGACCUGGCAGAGAUGGUCCAACGAGCACCAGGAGUACCAGAAACACAACCCCUUCAGUAAUGACCAGGGCACCAUGGAGAGUGCAACUGCCAAGCAGCAGGUGCUCCAGCGGGGACAGGAUGGCUACGGACGGCCCCUGGAAGGCUCCAUGACAGAGCGGAGGGGUCGGGACGCCCACGUCCACAUUAGUCGUGAAGUGGAGGAGCUUUGCCAGGUGAUCAGGGACAUCGGGGAGAGUGGUGUGGGUGCAAAUGGAGGCAGUGGAGAGAGAAUGGUGGCGACGGUGGAGUUUAAGAAGCUGUUUGAUCACUACGUGACCAUCUCCAACAAGCUGGUGGGAAUUCUACUGAGGGCCAGAAAGCAAGGCCUGGUCAGCUUUGAAGGGGAGAUGCUAUGGCAGGGACAGGAUGACAGGGUCCCCAUCAAAUUGCUCAAGUGACCAUAAUGACAUGACAGGGUUGUUAUUAUGCUGCUUCAGCGACCCAAAGGAGGCAGCACAUGGACAAUAUAGUGACCAAUUCUCUAUCCAGAAAUGUCCCCCAGGCUUCUAGUCUCUAGGCACCCCUAGAUGUUACACAAUUUUGUUGCUGCCCUGAACAGUCAACCCUGAUUCACUAAUCAAGAGUGAUGAUUAGCUGACAGGUCUAAUCAGGUUUUCUUGCUCUUG